AUGGGCCCUGUACCCCUCUGUUUCCUGUUCUCAUUAACGGCGUUGGGCAUUUUCGUGGGUCUGGCCCAGGGUGAGGAUGAGUACACCUGGCCCCAUAAUAAGGUCCCCCUGGUGCUGGACAAGCGGACAGUGCGUCUCAGCCGCCCAGGCUUCACGGCCGAGGCUCAGCACGAGCUGAGGGGCGCCUGUGGGAUCGAGUGCCAGAGCCUGCUGCCCAAGCCCAGCGCUUCCGACCUGGAGAACUUCCUGUCCUACGAGACCGUGUACGAGAACGGCACGCGCACACUCACGGAGGUGUCACUUCAGAACCUGGACGCGGCACGCGAGGAGGAGGAACCGCCGCGGAAUGCCUCCUCGCACAUCCGCCGCAAGCGGGAGGUCUACGGCACGGACAGCCGCUUCACCAUCGCCGACAAGCAAUUCUCCACCAACUACCCCUUCUCCACCACCGCCAAGGUCUCCACAGGCUGCUCCGGCAUCCUGGUGUCCCCCAAGCACGUGCUGACGGCGGCCCACUGCAUCCACGAUGGCCAGGACUACCUGAAGGGCGCGAAAAAGCUGCGGGUGGGGCUGCUGAAGCUUCGGUCCAAGCGCGGGAAGGGGGGCCGGGGGAAGGGCCGGAGGAAGGGAGGGGAGGAGGGGAAAGGAGAGGGGAAAGGAGAGGGACGGAGAGGGAGGAAGAACCGCAGCCGGCGCAGCACAGAGGUCAAAAAGCCCUCCUUCCGCUGGACGCGGGUGAAGCAGACGCAGGUCCCCAAGGGCUGGCUGAGGGGCGUAGGCGAGGACGUCGCCGUGGACUACGACUACGCCCUGCUGGAGCUGAAGCGGCCGCACAAGCAGAAGUUCAUGGACCUCGGCGUGGUCCCGUCCGUCACCAAGCUGCCCGCCGGCCGGAUCCACUUCUCUGGCUUUGACGACGACCGGCCCGGGCAGCUGGUGUACCGCUUCUGCUCUGUGUCGGAGGAGUCGGGCGACCUGCUGUACCAGUACUGUGACACCCAGCCUGGGUCCAGCGGCUCGGGCGUCUACGUCCGCCUGAAGGAGCCCGGCAAGAAGAAGUGGAAGAGGAAGAUCAUCGGGGUGUUCUCGGGCCACCACUGGGUGGACGUGAACGGGGUGCAGCAGGAUUACAAUGUAGCUGUGAGGAUCACGCCCACAAAGUACGCCCAGAUCUGCCACUGGGUCCACGGUGACUCCAGCGAGUGCCGCGCUACCUGAAACACCAGGCCUCACUGACUCCUGCUAUACUGUAUAUU